AUGUUACUAUGCGCUUGCAAAAUCUGUCACAGCCCCAUUUCAGUACCUUGCCAACAGGAGCAAAGAUAACGCGUACCCUACUUGUCGAUAAUUUGUCGCAUUGGAUUGGUUAGGCGGCGGUAAUUUAGGGCUCAACUAGCUAACCACUGUUCUGCUAUAUCUGUAAUACAAAGCUAGGAGAAAAUUGUUCGCUGUUUUAGUUUGUAUCUAUUAAGUCAUAAACGAUUUUGACUUAUUUCCAGCCUGGUUUUGCGACGCUGUUUUAAGUUUGUUACAGUAGUUUACAGAAAAACCCCAAAGAACAGGAUGUUACUUAACGGUAGAUGGCCAAACGGAGCCCUUGGCAGAGCCCGUGCCAACCUUUUACGCGGGCACAGCGAUGCAAGUCAGUUUCACUUUCACGAUGGGAAUACUCCACACACAGCUGGAACAUGACUGCAAAAUCUGUAUCCUUUGCGAUGCUACAACAUAUUCGUGUGUAAUGUGUUGCCUGUGCUGCCUCACGGGGCAGCGUACCUGAGUGUGGGACACCAUGGAGCAGCUAGAGGAGGAACUUACUUGCCCAAUCUGCUGCGGUCUCUUCGAGGACCCGCGGGUUUUGCUGUGCUCACACAGCUUUUGCAAGAAAUGCUUGGAGGGACUCUUGGAAGGGAACCGAGGUCCAGCUUUCAGAACACCUUUCAAAUGUCCCACAUGCCGCAAAGAGACCCCUCACAACGGCGCAAACAGUCUGCAGAUCAACUAUUCUCUACGCGGAAUAGUGGAGAAGUACAGCAAAAUAAGGGUUAUGCCUAAGAUGUCUGUUUGUAAACAACACUGCGGCCAACCUCUAAACAUAUUUUGCGCCACAGACUUAAAACUCAUUUGUGGGUUUUGCGCUACAAUAGAUGACCACAAAGGGCAUAAAUUCUGCUCCUUGGAGGAGGCAUAUGAACGAGAGAAGGAGGCGUUUGAAGAGCUGCUUCGCGGGGUGGAGAACUGGCAGAGCGCAGAUAUCCUGUCCUGCCUGGAGACACUACAAGCCAGUAAGAAAAGGGCGCUUCAGUCGGUGACCAAGGAUGCAGAAAAGGUAACCGACUAUUUCGACAAACUCACCAGUUCCAUUGAAUGCAAAAAGAACGAGAUCCUCUCCGAUUUCGAAACACUGAAGCUAGUGGUGAUGCAAGCAUACGACCCGGAGAUCACAAAGCUGAGCGCAGCGAUGGAGGAGCAGAGACGGGCGCUCAGCAUCGCCGAGACUUUCAGGAGCGUCUCCGACCCCCUGUGCUUUCUGCAGCAGAUGCAGGAGUUUCGGGAGAAGUUUAAAGUCCUUAAGGAGACCCCACUGCCUUCUCGGAAAGACAUGGACGUCGGUCCCCUUGUGCGCAAUUUCGAUGUUAAAAAGUGGGACUCACUGCGGCUCAGAGAAGUGGACAAGAUCUCAGUCCCCCACGAGAGUGGCUCCUACCGAGCAGGGGGCUCACGGAUGGCAGCGCCCAGAUGGAUCACCUUAUUUAUGAGUUUGUUACUGGCAACACUGCUCCUGCUGCUGCCGCCGCACAACCUUGCAGCCUACGUGCCCUCGCAGAUUGAACCAUUUCUCCCUACAGUGUCCUCGCACCUUACCCACACCGGUGUGUACCUGCGGGAAAUGACUGACAUGUGCACAAGUUUAAUGGUUGCAGGUCAGGAAUGUGUCAUGAACUUAAUUUACUCUGCUGUCAGUUUUAUUGGCAGUUGUAAAUUGUUUUAAUUACUAGCCUGUGGCAUCUUUGACAUGCACACACAGCUACAAAUUGUUAUCCAAGUAGUGACCUGUGAGGGACAUUAAAGUAGCGGCAGAUAUGUACCUGAAUAUUUGUGAA